UUAUGACACAUUAACCACUGACUUCCUCUUUCCAGAAUGGGUAAAAAGAUAAAGAAGGAAGCAGAACCUCCUCGUAAGGAUGUGUUUGAUCCAUUAAUAAUUGAAAGCAAAAAUGUAGCAACUGUGGUGUUAAUGCUUACUUCUCCAGAGGAAGAAAUUUUGGCCAAAGCUUGUGAAGCAAUUUAUAGAUUUGCUUUAAAAGGUGAGGAAAAUAAAGCAACUCUCCUUGAACUUGGAGCUGUGGAACCUUUAACUAAACUGCUUACCCAUGAAGACAAAAUUGUCAAAAGAAAUGCUAAUAUGAUAUUUGGGAUCCUGACUUCUAACAAUGAUGUGAAAAAAUUGUUAAGGGAGUUGGAUAUCCUGAAUUCUGUCAUUGCUCAGCUCGCCCCAGAAGAAGAAGUAAUUAUCCACGAAUUUGCUAGUCUUUGCCUGGCAAACAUGUCUGCGGAGUACACCAGCAAAGUGCAAAUAUUUGAGUGCGGCGGAUUAGAGCCCCUCGUCAGACUGCUGAGCAGCCCUGACCCUGAUGUGAAGAAGAAUUCUAUUGAGUGCAUUUACAACUUGGUCCAGGAUUUUCAGUGUCGAGCUACACUUCCAGAGCUAAAUGCCAUCCCUCCUAUAUUAGAACUCUUGAAUUCAGAGUAUCCAGUAAUUCAGCUAUUGGCUCUUAAAACACUAGGUGUUAUUACAAAUGAUAAGGAGUCACGAGUACUGCUAAGAGACAAUCAAGGAGUGGACCAGCUUAUUAAGAUCCUAGAAAAUAAGGACUUGAGUGACCUUCAUACAGAAGCACUGUUAGUGAUAGCCAAUUGCCUUGAAGAUAGGGAUACUAUGGUGCUCAUUCAGCAGACUGGGGGUCUUAAGAAGCUCCUGACAUUCGCAGAAAACUCUACAAUUCCUGAUAUUCAGAAGAAUGCAGCAAAAGCAAUCACUAAAGCUGCAUAUAAUUCUGAAAAUAGAAAAUUUUUUCGCGAACAAGAGGUUGAGAAGUGCCUUAUAGCCCUAUUGGGUUCUGAAAACGAUGGAACUAAAAUUGCUGCUUCCCAGGCCAUAUCAGCAAUGUGUGAGAAUACGGACAGCAAGAAGGUUUUCAAUACCCAGGGGAUUCCACAGUUAAUCCAGUUGCUGAAAAGCGACAGUGAAGAGGUGGGAGAAGCGGCCGCGCUUGCCCUGGCCAACCUGACCACCUGCAACCCUGCUAACGCAAACGCUGUCGCAGAAGCUGAUGGGAUCGGCCCAUUAAUAAACACCCUGUCCAGCACGCGGGAAGGGGCCAUCGCCAGUGCUGCGGCCGCCUUAACCAACAUGGCCAUGCAGGAGCCUCUGCGCGUGGCCAUCCAGGCCCGCGGCGUCAUGCAGGCCCUCCUCGGGCCUCUGCGUUCGGCCAGCACCGUGGUGCAGAGCAAGGCGGCUCUGGCCGUCGCUGCCACUGCCUGUGACUUUGAGGCCCGGACAGAGUUAAGAAAUUUAGGGGGGCUGGAGCCCCUGGUGGAGCUCCUGCGCUCUAAGAAUAGUGAAGUCCGGAGGCACGCGAGCUGGGCUGUGAUGGUCUGCGCCAGCGAUGAAUUGAUGGCCACCGAAUUCUUCCGGCUUGGAGCUUUAGAUAUCCUUGAAGAAAUUAAUCUUUCAGUAACUCGAAAAAAUAAAUUCAGUGAGGCAGCUUAUAACAAAUUGCUCAACAACAACCUGUCCCUGAAAUAUAGCCAGACGGGCUAUUUGUCAUCAAGUAAUAUAAUUAAUGAUGGAUUCUAUGAUUAUGGUCAGAUAAAUCGUGGCACCAAACUUUUGCCUUUGAAGGAACUCUGCGUGCAAGAACCAAGUGGUCUUCGAGCUAUACUCUUAAUUAACAGUAAACCUUCUGAUGUUUCUCCACCUCCAUCUAGUGAAGAUAAAUCAUCAGAUGUUGGUGAUGGACGACGUGUUUCUUCAUCUUCUUUAAGGAGAACAAGUAAAGAAAAGUCCAUAAAAAGUAGUGCUGGAUUUGGGUCUCCCACAGAAGAGAAAUCAGAACCUACUUCUGGACGAAAUACAGCUCUUAGCAAGAGUGCCAUCAAAGAAAGAGGAUUAAAAAAAGGCAAAGGAAAGAAAGAAGAAGAAAAACUGAAGGAGGAUGAAGAGGACACAGCAUUCCUAAAAGUUACUGGAGAAGGAAGCCCUGAAAAAGACUGGCACCCUCCCUGUGACCCUGACUUCUGUGCAUAUGUACAUGAAGUGACAAAGUCAAUUCUUCCCAUAACAAAUAUUAAGGAACAGAUUGAGACUCUUGCAAAGUAUGUGGCAGAAAAAAUGGGUGGUACAAUUUCAAAAGAGAAGCUUAAUGACUUCAGCUGGGAAUUUCAUAUAAGUGAACUAAAAUUUCAACUUAAAUCCAAUGUUAUACCAAUUGGACUUAUUAAAAAAGGAAUCUUCUACCAUCGAGCUUUGCUUUUCAAGGCUCUGGCGGAUAAAAUUGGCGUAGGUUGCUCUCUAGUUCGAGGGGAGUAUGGCAGAGCCUGGAAUGAAGUUAAGCUCAUGAAUGAAUCUCGUAAAGGAGUAAUUGGGGGUGCCCCACCCCUUGAGGAAUAUAUAGUUGACCUCAUGUUUUCUCCAGGUAGACUGAUGAAGGUAAAAAGUAGAGAGGCAGAACUUUACAGACAUUUCUAAACUAUCAAAUGAACACAACAGGGGUUCAAGCAAGAAAUUCAUUUAUAUACUUUCUAUGAAGUUCACCAAUUGAUUUUAAUUUGUUUUAAAUACAAGUAUCCACAGUGUUCUCUCCAAGUAGAAAUAAGGUCACUUGUAUUGAACUUAGCUGUGCUUCUGAUUGCAGGCUUCUGGCAAAAAUUCCUCUUGCUUGAGUCAUACUAUACUCACUAUCCCUCAUGUAAAGCUUAUUAUUGUCAAAAUUAACCCACCAAACUGUUUCCUUUAGAGCAUCUCUGCCCUUUGGGAGUCAUAAUAAAAUCACCCAGAUGUUGUGCCCAGGACAAAUCUGUGGCCUCAUCACUGUGAUUCAUCAUGCCCAGAAUGCCUCAGGAACACUUGGUUAGAUAAAGUCAGUUUUUUAAUGACUUCCAUCACACUGUCUUAUAUUCAUAAAGAUUAUCUAUAGUUUGAAUAUUUAUAGAUCCAUUUUAACAUAUAAAUUCUUCCUAAGAUGUUUUGGUUCAUGGUCCUUAAAAUGAAUCAUUAAGAACAAAUUUAAUAUACUUCACUGAGCUUAAAAAUAUUUCUAGAAGCUUUUUAUAUAAGCUGUAUCUGUCUUUGUCUUAUCUAUACUGACU